AUGAGGAUAAUGGAGUUUGGAGCAUAUGGAUUGGUGGUGAUGAAGGGUUUAAUUUGGAGAUUCAAAGUUUUUGAAAGCAUCACUUCAAAAUGGGAAAAGCCGAAUCAAAGCCUGCCACAACUCUAUGAUAUUACCUAUGCCUUUCUACUGUCUCGUGUUCUGUUUCUCAAAUAUCUCAAGGAAAAAUAUCCUAACAUAACUCCAGCACAGUUUCUCAUUCACCAAUUGUUCAACUCAAGAGCCAUCAGACUAUGCUUUCUGAAACUGAAGCUAUUGUCUUUGGACAAGUUGAACGACAUACAUUGCAGCUAUAUUGACGAUGAUUUGCGCUGCCUCUUUUGUUUUGAUCUUUUUCUUGUGUUGGCCGAACAUCUUGGAAGCACGAUUAUCGCGUCAAUGGAGGGAAAUCACAUCCAACAAAACGGAGAUGUGAAUGAAGAUUCAAAAAGAGGAACACUCUCAGUCUUGCUGUAUGUUAUCAAAAAUAAGGAGUUUGCCAAAAAGGUUAUUUUUGCUGGAACAUCAUCAAAACUACGCAACAUUGACAACUUUAAAUCAUUUGGAACGAAACCUGUUGGUCCUCUUAUUCUCAAUGAAUUCAUAACUUGGGACUGUGAAAUGGUGUUGGACUAUGUGACUGCUUUUGUCGAUAUUCAUCCGGAUAUUCUCAAGACUGUUCUUACCGACAACUAUCGACCAAGAAUUUUGGAAAACUUUGUAUAUGACUUGUUCAGUGCUGGAAUCAAUGACAAUGACUCGGCAACGGCACAACGCAUACGACUGAAAAAACAGCAUGCCUUUUCGAAUAUCAAUGAUAUAGUAGAGGAAUCUUACAAUGCGGUAAUUGGUCGAUUCGCUCGACCAUCAGGGCUCAUUCACACACAGAUUAUGUUAAAGCUUAUUUUAUCAUCAAUGAUGACGACCAAUCAUGGACCAAUAUACUGCCAACUGGACAAGAAUCAAGAAUACUUUUUCAUGAAUACUGUUGGAUCUAUACAUCUCAUUCGUGAAACUGGCGGAUACUUUUUGUCUGAAGGAUAUGUGAUAGACUUGCUUCUCAAUUUAUUCCGAACAGAGUUUCAACAGUUCAAUCUGUUGUCAUCGUUGGAUCUUUUGAGCAGCAUUGCUGGCACAAAAGGUAAAAAAACUACAGCCAAAGGAACACCGUUCGAAGCCGUCAUUUUGGCUGGUAUGAUCCAAAAAAAUGGACCGCAUCUUUCAAACGUCCUAUCUAGUUUUGGUGUUUCGAUUGCUGGUCUUGAUGGUUUACAGUUGCCAACAAUAGAGCGUAAGGCUGGAGAUGGCACAAUCAUAUCCGAUAGACCAACAGGAGUCUUUUUUCGUCCUUCAAACCAGUUUCGACCAGACAUCCUUGCGUUUUUAUCCAAACAAGUCUGCGUGUCAUUUGGAAUCAAGCUAUAUACAUCAAAAAUUCCUUCAGCAGUGUCUGCCGAUAAUCUUGAAUCUACAAAUCCAGAUUUUUCUUUAUUAAAGCAGAUCGGCCAACGAAUAACGAAACGUAUUUGA